AUGAACAAGACCCCGGAAUCACAUACCAAUGCAGAGAAAGAUCCUUCUAAGGAAAAGGAAAAUCGUCAAAGGCUCAUAAAGCUGGGGCUACAGUGUGUCUCUCCAGGUUUGGGUAAUAUGGAUGGCCGAAUGCUUUCAACGAUGCAGAUGUCGAGGGAUAUUGCCAAAGAUCAAAAAGGGGCGAUUCAAAGACUGAGUGAGCGACAGAAAGACGUCAUAAAAAAUUCAUCAGACGUUCCAGAGGAAGCGAUUCUCGAACAAGUUCAACAAACCCCAAAUGCAAUAGUAUCCGGGUCCGGUGAUUUAGAAGCCAACGCAAGCAGAACCAGCUCGAAGUCUCUCAAGCGGCGUAGGAUCCCCCCGCCCCUCAAAAUAUGUUCCAAUGGCAUCGAAAGUAGAUCAAGAUCAACCGCAAGCAAGGGACAUGGACACAUGAACGCACAAAAUGGAGCCAGGAGCGCGCCGGCGCACACCACUCGCCAUCCCAGAGGAAGAGCUAGAGUCCAAUAUUUGGGCAGACCUACUGAAUCAGACCCACGAAUUCAGAGAAAACCCCGACUUACACAUUGGUCCGCCUUGGCAAACGCCAACGCCGCUCCGUUCACCCCAUAUGGCUAUUAUGCACAGCCUCCCCCCACCGCCAUGGGCUACCAAAUGGGUCACGGCCCCAUUCAGAAUAGCUACCAAAUGCCCUACAUGAUUGCUCCAGUUCCAUAUACCGUGUUACAACCUCCGUUUCCUAAUACUUCCAUUCCAGGCGCGACUUUGCAGCAAGAUUUCGAGACUUAUCGAAAUCAGAACCCUGGUGUCGGAACGCGUGAUCUAUUUGGCAAUAGUGAAAGUCGCUGGGCGCCGUUUCAAGCGCAACCUCAAAGCGCUCGCGAUGAGUUUUUCGGUUCCAAAGGCCGUCAAACACCUGUAAUGAACCCAGCUGCUUCUGCCAGACGAAGCCCAAAAGAAGCAUCAAAGAUGAAGCCCGCCGUGGCAAAGGCAGAAAGCGAUAAUGAGGAAGUGGAUUUGGCAAUUGAGGAAGGAGCAGAGCCCACAGGAGAUACCAGGAGCACGCAUAUGGCUGGUACAACAAUGGAUGGAGAAUUGCGAUUGCAGAAUGACAGUUUUGGAUUUUCAUUCUCGCUUCUUGAAGCCGCGACAGACAAGAAAAUGUUCAUGUCUAUUUGCGACAAGGUAUGGGACGAUUUUCAGGCACUCCCGCGGUGA